AUGAACAGGGAAAUCUCAUGGGAAAACGAAAGCUUCCAAGGAGAAUUCAUCUUACUGGGAGUGGCUGACCGGCCACGGUUAGAGAUGUCCUUGUUUGCCCUUGUCCUGGCCUGCUACUUGAUGACCCUCCUGGGCAAUACAACCAUCAUUGUGGUCUCGAGACUAGAUCCAGGGCUCCAUACCCCCAUGUAUUUCUUCCUCAGCAACCUUUCCUUCCUUGACCUCUGCUUCACCACCAGCCUUGGGCCCCACAUGCUGGUGAAUUUCUGGAGAAAAAACAAAACUAUCACUUACAGUGGCUGUGUGGCUGAGCUCUACAUCUCCCUUGCUCUGGGCUCCAUAGAGUGUAUUUUGUUGGCUGCCAUGGCCUAUGAUCGCUAUGCUGCCAUCUGUCAUCCACUGCGCUACACUACCAUUAUGAGUCGUUCCACGAUGGCUGCUGUCUCCUGGGUAAGCGGCUUCAGCAACUCACUAGUUCAUACCGUGAUGAUUCUUAGGCUUCCAUUGUGUGGACGGAAUCAAGUGGAUCAUUUGUUUUGUGAGCUCCCUGCCUUUCUUAAACUGCCUUGUGUUGACACUUCACUUAAUGAAAUUGUGAUGUUUUGUACUAGUGUGGUGUUCCUCCUAGUACCAGUUAUUCUCAUCACAGUCUCUUAUGGCUAUAUAGCUGCUGCGGUACUGAGGAUCCGCUCGGCUGAGGGCAGGAAGAGGGCCUUCAACACUUGUUCCUCCCACUUGACGGUGGUCUGGCUCUUCUAUGGCACAGCCAUCUUCAGUUAUCUCCAGCCUUUGUCCACUUCUUCCCAUGAUAGACGCAAGAUGAUUUCCCUGUUCUAUACCUUUGUCACCACCAUGCUUAAUCCAUUGAUUUAUACUCUGAGGAACAAAGAGGUGCAUAAAGCUCUCCACAGACUAAUGAAGAAGAACUAA